AUGAGAGGAAGACGCGAGCUAUUGACAUUCUUUUUCUACAUUCUUUCGACAAUCUUUUUCAUCUUAUCAUCAUUGAUAUCCCAUCGUACCACUUCAUCAUCUGUCCUUGCUUCUCAUCCAUCGCUUGUACUCCUGAUAAUGAACCCUUUAUUGGCAGCUUCGAACGCGGCGAAUGGAGGUGCAGGAAUUGAUGAUGAUAAACUAUCAGAUUAUGUACCUAACUCUAGAGAUUUAUCAGUUUCAAGAGCUCCAUCAGCGGUAGCUUCCGAUGAACAAGAUCAACACCAUAUAAAUACAGCUCCGCAAACUCCUGAACGUGAAUUAGAAGCUGACAGUGAAGAUGAGUUGGAAGAUGAGAAUCUCGAUGAAGAUGCGUUAAUGAAUGGAUCGUCCAAAGCAGCCAAGAAAGCAGUGCAGUCAUCAGCUAGGAAAGCUGCAAAUGCAGAAAGGAAAGCACAAGUAGCUGAAAUUGGUAAGAAGAGAAGUGCAAUGGAACAAGCAAAGGUUGCAGAUUCGAUCAAACGAUUUCAAUAUCUGCUCGGACAGACUGAAUUAUUCCAACAUUUCAUUGAUCUCAAGAAACAACGUGAACCUGAAUUCGCUCAAAUGUUAGACGAACAAAUGGCAAAUUCAAAUGGAAGCAAAGGUAAAAAGAAGGCGAAUGAUGCUCGACACAGAAAGUCGGAAAAAGAAGAAGAUGAGGAAUUACUGAAAGAUGAGAAUGCGGAAGAUGAACCUUUUGUAUUCGAAGAGAGUCCUCCUUAUGUCAAGGGCGGAAAGAUGCGAGAUUACCAAGUACAAGGUCUAAACUGGAUGGCAUCGUUGCAUCAUAAUGGUAUCAACGGUAUCUUAGCUGAUGAAAUGGGUCUCGGUAAAACACUUCAAACCAUUUCCUUCCUUGGAUACCUCAAAUUCCAUCGUGAUACUGCAGGACCUCAUCUUAUCGUUGUACCCAAGUCCACACUGGAUAAUUGGCAUCGAGAAGUCAUGAAAUGGGUCCCUGGAUUCAACACUUUGGUGCUACAGGGUACUAAAGAGGAGCGACUCGAACUCAUCAACAAACGAAUCCUGACUCAAGAUUUCAAUAUCCUCAUUACCUCCUAUGAAAUGUGUCUUCGAGAGAAAUCAACGCUGAGGAAAUUCAGUUGGGAAUACAUCAUCAUCGACGAAGCUCACCGAAUCAAGAACGUGGAUUCGUUGCUCAGUCAAAUCAUCAGAACUUUCGCAAGUAGAGGAAGAUUGUUGAUUACCGGUACUCCACUACAAAACAACUUGCAAGAAUUAUGGGCAUUAUUGAAUUUCAUUUUACCUGAUGUGUUCUCGUCAAGUGAGGACUUCGACGCGUGGUUCAAGACUAAAGAUGAUUCCGAUUCUGACGCUGUAGUCAAACAACUUCAUAAGGUUCUGCGACCUUUCUUACUGCGACGUGUCAAGGCAGAUGUCGAGCAUUCGCUUUUACCAAAGAAGGAAAUCAACUUGUACGUCGGUAUGACGGAGAUGCAAAGGAAGUGGUACAGAAUGUUACUGGAAAAAGACAUAGAUGCAGUCAACGGCGCCUCCGGAAAGAAAGAAGGGAAAACCAGGUUGUUGAACAUCGUUAUGCAGUUGAGAAAGUGCUGUAAUCAUCCUUACCUAUUCGAUGGUGCUGAACCUGGACCACCUUUCACUACCGACGAACAUCUCGUUGACAAUGCUGGUAAAAUGGUCAUCCUGGACAAAUUGCUCAAAUCAAUGAAAGCUAAAGGAUCGCGAGUCCUUAUAUUCUCUCAAAUGAGUCGAGUUUUAGAUAUCUUGGAAGACUAUUGUCAAUUCAGAGGACACCAAUAUUGUCGAAUCGACGGUAACACUGCUCACGAAGAUCGUAUUUCCGCGAUUGAUGACUACAAUGCGCCGGGAAGCGAGAAAUUCGUAUUCUUGCUUACCACCCGUGCAGGUGGUUUAGGUAUUAACCUUGUCACCGCGGACAUUGUCGUAUUAUUCGAUAGUGAUUGGAACCCUCAAGCGGAUCUGCAAGCGAUGGACAGAGCGCAUCGUAUUGGUCAAACAAAGCAGGUUUACGUGUUCAGAUUCAUCACUCAGGACGCUGUGGAAGAGCGUAUUCUGGAAAGAGCGACUCAGAAACUCAAACUUGAUCAAAUGGUCAUUCAGGAAGGACGUUCACAGCAAAAUCAAAAAGUUGGACAAAACAAGGAUGAAUUACUUGAUAUGAUUCAACAUGGUGCCGAGAAGAUCAUAAACAAUUCCCAGAGCAUGUUGAUCGACGACGACAUCGAUGAGAUCAUCAAGCGGGGUGAAGAUAGGACCGCUGAACUUAAUAGCAAAUACGCCGGGCUGGAUUUGGAUGCCCUGAACAGUUUCAAGUCAGAGUCGAUGGUGAAUACUUGGGAAGGAGAGGAUUAUGCAAACAAGCGAGGAGGCAAAAACCUCAUUUGGAUCGAACCUGCAAAGCGAGAACGAAAAGGCAAUUACUCUAUCGAUCAGUAUUACCGAGACCAGCUCAAUACCAGUGCACCCAAAUCCGAUAAACCAAAAAUUUCUAGACCACCCAAGCAAGUUCACAUCAAUGACUUCCAGUUCUAUCCACCACGAUUGGUAGAAUUACAAAAUCGAGAAUUUGAUGCGCAUAGAAAAGCUCAAAACUACGUUGUGCCCUCACGAGAACUCGAAGAUGGCGAGACUGCUGAACAGGUAGAAGCUGAACGGGCCGAAGAACAGGAAAGAAUCAACACUGCUGAACCACUUACGGAAGAAGAAGUCGCGGAGAAAGACGAGCUUGUCGGUGAAGGGUUCCCAGACUGGCAAAGAAGACAUUAUCAAGCUUUCAUCCGAGGAGCUGAGAAAUUCGGUCGAAAUGCUAUCGAUAAGGUUGCAGAUGAGAUACCUGAUCACACCGAAGAUGCUGUGCGAGAAUACGCCUCUGUAUUCUUUGAACGAUACAAGGAACUAAAAGAUUGGGAGAAGGUGAUGGAUCGAAUUCGAAUUGGAGAAGAGAAAAUUAGAGAACAACAAGAUCGAAUCGAUGCAUUGCAUCGUAAAGUAAAAGCGACCAAAUAUCCUCUACAAGAAUUGAAAAUCAUGUAUGGACAGAAUAAAGGUAAAACCUACAGUGAUGAAGAAGAUCGAUUCUUGUUGGUUAGGAUGCACCAUCAUGGUAUAGAUAGAGAUGAUUGUUAUGAGUUGAUCAAGAGGGAUAUAGGUGAAUGGCCAUUAUUCAGGUUUGACUGGUUUUUCAAAUCAAGAACACCGGAUGAGCUCAAGCGAAGAGCACAAACUCUGUUACUAUGCGUGAUGAAAGAAGAAGAGAAAGGAGAGGAAGAAAAGAAACCUGUCAAGGGAGGAAAGAAAAGACCUAUCGACGACUUGAAAACUGCACCCGGAUCAAGAGAUACCACACCCAGUGUCAGUGGUCAAAAGAACAAAAAGAAGAAGGUAUAG